AUAACAACAACAACAACAACAAUGUAUUUUCCUUCCUGAACUAGUAGGAGCUGAUCUGUGACUUCAAAGUGGAAGUGAAAUGUGGACAAAACUGUAUGUUUUGAAGGCAAAUUACUUCUAAAAGCAAAACAAAUGAGUUGCAGUGUAGAAAUCCCUGUGAUGUCCCUGCAGCUAUGUGAAAUGUAACAGUCUGUGGAGUUCUUGAGCUUGCUUAUCAAUGUCAAUUGUAAGAGUGAGGAGGUUUUGUUCCUGUGAUAGGAUUGCUGUGCUCCAUGGGAAGUGGCAGUAAUAGUUGAUACUAUUUGCAUGGUGACUGAAUUAAUUUGCUAUUCAUGCAUUUUGUAAAACUGCAACCAAUUAAAAAUCAAUAUAUGGCCGUUUAUUUCUUUUUAAUUAAGGAAACGAUGACUUUCACUUUGCUGAAUUAUUGCACUGAGUGAUAUACAUUAUAUUGCUUGGUUUGGACUUUGUUUCCUGUCCCCUCUAUUUUUUCUUAUUUGUCUUACUACUGAAUUAAAAAAUAACUUGCUUCUUUUCCAAGAGUGGUAUUCCAAGUUGUUUUCUUCCAAGCAGUGUGUUAUGAUCUUUACUCGUGAAAACCCUAAAGGAAUCAUUUUCAUGUAGUUGUCUUCUGCAACGUUGGUUGUAUGCAGAUUCUGCCUGUGCCAGAGGCUGUUAAAAUACAGCAACUAGAAUAAAAAGUUUCGCUUCAUGAUGCGUUUGGGAGAAAACUCAGAAAGUAUCGGUGCCUAGAGAAUGAAGUCUGCUCUCUGAGUUGAAGAAAGCAAUAUAGUAAUGUCUUGAGGGAGAGAACACUGCAUUUUUAGAAUUGUUACGCACUGAAUUUUUCUCUGGACUCUACAGACUUAGGAGAUAAGAUUUUCUAAUAUGAUGGGUUAAUAUCAUAAGGUCUUUCUCGCUUUUGAGAAAUAGUAUGAUAAUUCUUUUCUAUCCAAGUCUUGACUUUUCACAUCCUUGUUUUACAUUCUGAAGAAGGGCUUUCAUGCUGGGCAAACACGUUAGCUUGAUAGCAUUUUCCUGUGUUUGAAUUGUGAACCGUCAAAUGACUCCCAAAGAAAUCUGCUAUAGUAGAUGCUGAGUUUUAAUACUGAAUAUGUGCAUACAAUAAAUCUCUUCAGCUAAUCACUGCUUCCUUUCCCUCCCACCCCUUUGCAGCUGGAAGUUCAUCAGCUUCUGCUGCUCUAUCUUGCUUCCUCUUGAGACUUUCUGGAACAGAGUGAACAGUGGUGCCGGGGGGUACGAACAAUGUGAGGAUUAUGUUCUGCGGUGCCUGAUGACCUCUCCAUAGAAGAAAGAGAAGAACUUCUAAAUAUUCGUCGCAGGAAAAAAGAACUGAUUGAUGAUAUUGAGAGAUUAAAAUUUGAAAUAGCUGAGGUUAUGACAGAAAUUGAUAAUCUGACUAGUGUGGAAGAAAGCAAAACUACACAAAGAAAUAAGCAAAUAGCCAUGGGCAGGAAGAAAUUCAACAUGGACCCUAAGAAGGGAAUACAGUUUCUGAUAGAAAAUGACCUCCUGCAGAACACUGCAGAAGACAUUGCACAGUUCCUUUACAAAGGAGAAGGAUUAAAUAAAACGGUAAUUGGCGAUUACCUCGGUGAAAGAGAUGAAUUUAAUAUUAAAGUUCUUCAGGCUUUUGUUGAACUCCAUGAGUUUGCUGAUCUCAAUCUUGUACAAGCCUUACGGCAGUUUCUGUGGAGCUUCAGACUCCCAGGAGAGGCUCAGAAAAUUGAUCGUAUGAUGGAAGCUUUUGCUUCACGCUAUUGCCUUUGUAACCCAGGUGUCUUUCAGUCUACAGAUACAUGCUAUGUGCUGUCAUUUGCGAUCAUUAUGUUAAAUACCAGUCUACACAACCACAACGUAAGAGAUAAACCAACAGUAGAGAGGUUUAUUUCUAUGAACCGUGGAAUUAAUGAAGGUGGAGACCUUCCAGAAGAAUUGCUACGGAAUUUAUAUGAAAGUAUUAAGAAUGAGCCAUUUAAAAUUCCAGAGGAUGAUGGAAAUGACCUAACGCAUACAUUUUUUAAUCCAGAUAGAGAAGGCUGGCUGCUGAAAUUAGGGGGAAGAGUAAAAACGUGGAAACGAAGGUGGUUUAUUUUGACUGAUAAUUGCCUGUAUUACUUUGAAUACACAACUGACAAAGAACCUAGAGGGAUUAUUCCAUUAGAAAAUCUUAGCAUAAGAGAAGUUGAAGACCCUAGGAAACCAAACUGCUUUGAGCUCUAUAACCCCAGUCAUAAAGGCCAAGUGAUUAAAGCCUGUAAAACCGAAGCUGAUGGCAGAGUGGUGGAAGGCAACCACGUAGUGUAUAGAAUAUCUGCUCCCACCCCAGAAGAAAAAGAAGAGUGGAUUAAGUCUAUCAAAGCAAGUAUCAGCAGGGAUCCCUUUUACGAUAUGCUGGCAACAAGGAAACGAAGAAUCGCAAACAAGAAAUAGAACUUGAGCGGUAGCAUGUAUGGCUGCAUCAACUUCUGGGUGGGCUAUAUUGGAGUGAAAACGUAAACCUUGGGCAGACUAAAGGAAGACAGUAACUGUAAAUUAUAUAUAUAUACACACUUUACUAUGACAUAAAAUCUUGGUAAGACUUUUCAGAAUAGUUAUUGGCAUAUAAUUUGAAGUAAGCUUCAAAUCCCAGAGGAUAAUUUUAUUGGAACUUUAUUCAACUGAAGACAUGGAAGCUUUGUUUCCACUUGUAUAAGCUGUAACUACAGUUGGCUUGGACUGGGAGAAGAUUAGUAAAAUAUCCUAUACCUGGUUCUUGAGCUCAUUACCCAUUAAUGGAGAAGCAUUUUAAGUACUUUUCUCUCAGUUAAAUGCAACACUAAAAACUGGGGUAGAGGGCAGCCUAGCACUUCGCUUUUCUGUAGGCAGGAAACCUGCGGUCUCAGAAACAGAUUUCAAGUCUUACGUGUCUCGCAGUAAAUGAAGCCUUCAUUUAGGGCACGUGCUCCGCUUUCUGUAGAAAGAGCUUUUCUUCUUUAGAAGUGCAGCUGAGUGUCAGAUGGGCAGCUACAUUGUUAACAAGUUGUGCCAAAGGGUUUGAGUGAA